AUGGAUAAUUAUUCCUACCCCGAUUCGCAUGCGCAUUUUCCGUCGCAUAAUGAGCCGCGAGUAUGGCUGAUUACUGCGGGGGAUUCGCCCAUCGGCAUCUCGGUCGCGCGACAGGUGCUUGCGCAUGGCGAUUAUGCCCUUCUUGGUCUGGCACACUCGGUUUUAGAUCGCGAUGAACGCCGUCGUGAAGGGUUCGAGGCUUUUCUUUGUGAAGUGAAAGAGCAUCAGGACGAAGGAUGGGACCAGCGAAUUAAGGCAGUUCCCUUGGACAUCAGGAUGAUGGGCGAAUGUCAGGCAGUCUUUGCAGAAGCAGUAGCUGCCUUCGGUCGAGUGGAUAUCCUUUUAUGCUGCACCAGUCAAGCUCUAAUCGGAACUGUCGAAGAGCUGUCUGCCUCGCAGCAAACCUUGAACCUCGUCCGGGAUCAAUUUGAAGUCAAUUAUUUUGGGCCGCUCAACAUAAUCAAAGCUGCAUUGCCACAUAUGAGAAGAGAAUCUAAUGGUCAUAUUAUGAUUUUGUCUGGAAUCACGGCACAUAUUGGUACACCCGGCCUUGGAAUGUACUGUGCAGCGGGCUGGGCUCUUGAGGGUUUCUGUGAUAGCUUGGCAUACGAAAUUGCGCCUUUCAAUGUCAAGCUCACAAUCUUCCAGUGCAGCAUCGAGAUUGGCAUCCUAACAAAUCUGGUGACCAGCGUCCCUCCUAUAUUUCCUGCCUACUCUCCUCAAAAUAAUAAUGCACCACUGUUUCGUGGUAUCCUGAAUCAUCUAGUACCGCGGCUUCCUGGCGCUGCUUCUGAAGGCGUAUCGGGCAAUACGUCAGCAAAGAGAACAAACGAUCACGAUGAAACCUCCCGAGUCAGCUCCAUCGAAAAUGGUCCAUUUUCUGUCCCUGGUGUUGUCUCCAUGCAUCCGCCGCUAAGCUCAGCACACCUCGAAGUCCUCGUCUCUGAAACCGUCUACGCCAUCACAUCUAUUGGCGGACACGAAAAUCCCCCGUCACGCCACAUCGUCGGACAGGAAGGUGUGGCCAGUGUCAAAGAGAAGUUGAAAACUGUGAGCGAGGAGCUUGAGGACUUUAUACAAGCUAGCUUCGCUGUGGAUGUAGCAGCUGAUGCCGAACCUGUGAAUCCUAUGGGCACGAUGAACCAAACACCUUUCUAA